CCGUUUGCAAUUUUCGCUUUUCGCCGCUGUUGGCCAACUCGAGCAUUGAGUCUGGUUUGAGUUCUUGACGCGAGCGGUCCUAUAUUCGCAGAAACACUCGAUACUUGGAUAUACUCGAUACUUGUACUCGCAACAAGCAACAGCAGCAGCAGCGCAGCGAUCAAAAGGCGAUCGAAGCAGCCGGCGAAAUGGGAAGGACACUGGAAAUAACGGGAAGGCAGAGCGAGAAGAAUCCGGAGAAGAAUGCGGAGCGCUUCACGGAGAAGGGCGCGGAGAAGGGUGCCCCCGCCGAGAAGGGCGGCGAUCUGGAGAACGGCGAUCCGGUGCGCAGGCGUGGCCACGAAACCAGCGAACUGGAGGCGGCCACGCAUCUCUUCAAGGGAAGUGUGGGCGCUGGACUCUUCGCCAUGGGCGAUUGCUUCAAGAACGGCGGACUGGCGGGAGCCACCAUACUGCUGCCCAUCAUUGCGGUGAUGUGCGUCCACUGCGAGCGCAUGCUCAUCCGUGGAUCGGUGCUCGCCGUGGAACGGACGCCCGGCGUUGACUUUCUCGACUAUCCGGAAACGGUGGAGAAGUGCUUCGAGCACGGGCCACGCCCACUACGGAAAAUGUCGCGUGUGAUGAAGCUGGUCGUCGAAAUGUUCCUCUGCGUCACGCAGUUCGGCUUCUGCGCCAUCUACUUUGUCUUCAUCACGGAGAAUCUGCACCAGGUGCUCCAGCAGAACGGCAUCGAUAUCAGCAUGAGCAUGGUGAUGCUGAUCACCCUGCUGCCGGCGAUGAUUCCCUCGCUGAUGACCAACCUGAAGUACAUCUCGCCCGUGUCGCUGUUCGCCAAUGUGGCCCUGCUCUUUGGACUGAUUGCCACCCUGACCAUUGCCUUCUCGGAUGGACCCAUGCCGUCGGUCGGGGACAGGCACCUCUUUACGGGCGGUGCUCAGUUGGCCCUGUUCUUUGGCACCGCCCUGUUCUCCUACGAGGGCAUUGCCCUCAUCCUGCCGCUGCGGAACUCGAUGCGCCGCCCGGAGAACUUUAGCACCCGUUUUGGUGUGCUCAACUCCACCAUGUUCUUCACCACGGCGCUGUUCAUCUUCACCGGAUUCGUGAGCUAUGUGCGUUGGGGCGAGGAGGUCGCCGGCAGCAUAACACUCAAUCUUGUGGUGGAGGAAGUAUUCUCGCAGGUGGUGAAAGUGAUCGCAGCGCUGGGUGUUUUCCUCGGCUACCCCAUCCAGUUCUUUGUGAUGAUGAAGAUCCUGUGGCCUCCACUAAAGCGAUCCAAUAACUGCGCCCAAAAGUAUCCCAUUACUAUGCAGGUGUGCCUUCGUUUCUUCAUGGUGAUGAUGACAUUUGGCGUUGCGCUGGUCGUUCCCAAGCUGAAUCUGUUCAUCUCGCUGAUCGGAGCACUGUGCUCCACCUGUCUGGCCUUCGUGAUUCCGGUGCUGAUCGACUUUGUGACGCGGGCGCAGGUGCCCAAGGCGCUGGGUGUGUGGUCCUACAUCAAGAACAUCCUCAUCCUGUCGGUGGCCGUGCUGGGAAUCGUCACUGGCACCUAUCAGAGCAUCGUGGAGAUCGUCAAGGAGUUUAAGUAGGCUUAAAUCGCUAGCAAGUAUUUGUUGUACAUAAAUAAUGCUGUCAUUCCGUGAAACUAUGUGAAUGCGUUUCCCUGCUCUAUUGUAAGAUUAAUUUGUGUAAUUUUCCACUAUUUUUUGUUUUUUUUUUUUUUUUGUUUUGUUGAUAGUUUGUAUUUUAAGCUGUGCAUUUGUGUGUAUGUAUAAAGAAAUGUUUAAUUGGCACGAAACAUAAGAAAACAUAAAACAAGGCAUAAAGGAAAAUGAUCUGCAGCUAUAACCCAUUUUUAAAAAUUGAUUACCAAUAUAAGGCUUUAAUUGUGUAAGAGCCUGCAAAUUAUCGUUUUAAUCAUAUGUAAUAAAUGCUAUCCAUCGAUUUUAUAAA